UCGGCGCCGACUCUCCGGCCCCGGCGAGGUGGCUGCAAACUCUCGGGCACGCACGGCGCUCGGGGAUCCGGACUCGGGGGAGGGGACGCGCACGGAAGGCGCCAGCUUCCUCCCGCCCGCCCCUCGCAGCCGCGAGCCGAGGUCGGAGGAACCCGGAGCCCCAGCCCGGCAGAGCUGAGCGGCAGCGGCGGCGGCGGCUUCCCUUUUCUCCCCCAGCGAGCCCUGAAGCGCCUCGGGGACCGGCCCUAAAAAGAGCAGGAAAUCUUGUUUACCGCCCGGGGAGCACAGCCGAUCGAGCCUUUGUCUGGAAAGUCAGCAUCUCUGGCUCCGUCUGCAAUGUGUGCCUGGUGACAUUAGCCUUGGGCAGACCGGCCGGAAAAGGGGGGUCGCCAGGUUCAGAUCUGGUUUCAGAGGCGGAUUGAGCGGGUGACUUUUGUGCAUUCGUUUUAAUUUUUGGAAAUCUCUCUUUUUUUUCCUCCCUCGCCCGCUGCCGGGCAUGUCCUGAUCUGGCGCCCGCUACUACUGCCCCGGGCUGCCGAUCAGAGCGGUUUCCAGUGGGUCUCCCUCCCUCCCUGCCUGACUUUGCAACACCGCGUUCCAGGCGGAUCGACCUCGGCGAGGAAGGAGGCGGGGGAGCCGCGAACACCAGGACCCAAGCCUUGACAUGCUCUCGGGCGGAGAGGAGGAAGCCAGGACCUGAGCGCACCGCCGGGGCUGCUUCGCCGCCCGGCUCCGAGCACGGGGCUCCGGGCGCUUUGCCCUGCGCCUGUGCGGCAGCCUUGUUGGUCUGCAGGAGCCCCCCUCUUCCCGCCUCGGGGGUCCGCGGCCGGCAGGACCAUGCUGCUGAAGGAGUACCGGAUCUGCAUGCCGCUCACCGUAGCCGAGUACAAAAUCGGACAGCUGUACAUGAUCAGCAAGCACAGCCAUGAACAGAGCGACCGAGGAGAAGGGGUGGAGGUCGUCCAGAACGAGCCCUUCGAGGACCCUCACCAUGGGAACGGGCAGUUCACGGAGAAACGCGUGUAUCUCAACAGCAAACUGCCUAGUUGGGCUAGAGCUGUUGUUCCCAAGAUAUUUUAUGUUACAGAGAAGGCAUGGAACUAUUAUCCCUACACGAUUACAGAAUACACAUGUUCCUUUCUGCCAAAAUUCUCCAUUCAUAUAGAAACCAAGUAUGAGGACAACAAAGGAAGCAACAACAGCAUUUUUGACAACGAAGCCAAAGAUCUGGAGAGAGAAGUCUGCUUUAUCGAUAUUGCCUGCGAUGAAAUUCCAGAACGUUACUACAAAGAAUCUGAGGAUCCUAAACACUUCAAGUCAGAGAAGACAGGACGGGGCCAGUUAAGGGAAGGCUGGAGAGAUAGUCAUCAGCCCAUCAUGUGUUCCUACAAGCUGGUGACCGUGAAGUUCGAGGUCUGGGGGCUUCAGACCAGAGUGGAACAAUUUGUACACAAGGUGGUCCGAGAUAUUCUUCUGAUUGGACAUAGACAGGCUUUUGCAUGGGUUGAUGAGUGGUAUGAUAUGACAAUGGAUGAUGUUCGGGAAUACGAGAAAAACAUGCACGAACAAACCAACAUAAAAGUUUGCAAUCAGCAUUCCUCCACUGUGGAUGACAUAGAGAGCCAGGCCCAAACGAGUACAUGACAAUGGAUGAAGUCCGAGAAUUUGAACGAGCCACUCAGGAAGCCACCAACAAGAAAAUUGGCGUUUUCCCACCUGCCAUUUCUAUCUCCAGCAUCCCCCUGCUGCCUUCCUCA